CACAACCAACAACAAUAACAAAGUCUCAGAGAUAGGCGUAGCUGUCGCCCCCAUUUUUUUUUUAUUGUUAUUAUGAAGUGAUUUUCGAGUUGUAGAAAGCAUGCAUGAUGCCUACGAGGCCAUUCCUAUCUUGGAGAAGCUGCCGCUGCAGAUUGAAGCAGUCACGGCCUAUGAUGGCAAUCUGGUGGUGGGAACGAGGCAGGGUCAUCUUCUCAUGUAUACAGUUACACCUGGUACCACUCGACGUUGGGAUGUUGCACUUCUCUGCUCUAAUAAAAACUUCUCUCGCAAACCAAUUGUUCAAGUGGCUGUAAUACCUGAGCAUCAGAUUAUUGUCUCCUUAUCAGAUAAUGUAGUAAGCGUUCAUGAUCUGACUGUCUUCAAUCUACCUCUUCUCUGUAUUUUGACUCAAACCAAGGGUGCAACUGCCUUUGAUCUUGAUAUUAAGCACCAUGUGUCAUUGACUGGCGAUGCAGUAGUAAUGGUACGUUUGGUUGUGGCUGUGAGACGUAAGCUUCAGCUUUUUUAUUGGAAAUCAAGAAAAUUUCACCAACUUCGUGAGGAUCUUGUAUUACCUGACGUGCCUCGAGCUUUAACGUGGUGCAUGGAGGCAAUUGCUGUUGCAUUCAAGCAUGAAUAUUGGCUUGUCAAGCUAACAGGCGAGCAGAAAGAGCUAUUUGCUACUGGUCGCAGCCAAGAACCACUGAUAACACGAAUGGUAGAUGGAGAACAGCUAGCCUUGGCCCAUGACAAAGAAACCAUUUUUGUUGAUGCUGAUGGGAAUGCCACCUGCAGCUACACUUUAAAAUGGGUUGAACAACCUCUCUGCUUGGCCUAUGACAAGCCAUACUUAAUAGCUAUCUUGUCGAAGACGAUAGAAAUUAAGACUACAGAACCUCAGAUUACUGUACAAGUUCUCAACUUAGACAAGCCUAAACUUCUUGCAGUGGGACAGUCUUCAAAAGGAAAAAGUCAAGUUUACGUUGCGUCAUCAUCUCAUGUGUGGUGUUUACAUGCAAUCCCCAUCAAUCAACAGAUCCCACAACUUCUAGUUGAGAAACAGUUUGGACUGGCCUUAAAUCUUGUUGAUGUGUGGGAUGAAGCAGAGGAUGCAAAAUCUCAGAUGCAAAAACAUAUCCAGCAUUUACAAGCUAUUCAUCUCUUCUGUAGUAAAAACUACCCUGAAGCAAUGAAACUGUUUUUUGCUCUUAACACAGAUCUCCCAUUUGUCAUUGGCAUGUAUCCGGACAUGGUUCCUGAGGAGUACCGAAGCCGGCUUCGGUAUCCAUAUCCCAUUCCAACACUAAGUGGUACAGACUUAGAGCAGGCACUCCAAGCUCUUGUGCAUUUUCUGUUGGAGGUGCGUCACAAGCUGUCAAACACUGACUGUGAAGCAAAUGUGGAGGAUAGUUCAGAUAACAAGUUUUCUUCCACAGGAGCAGCAAGCUUAAAGUCUCGCAAUGAGAAGCUCCAGAUCAUUGACACAACACUCUUGAAAUGUUAUGUGCAGACUAAUGACAGUCUUGUACAGCCCCUUCUUCGAAUGCGAGAUAGCCGCGUUAGUGUAGUUGAAGGAGAACGUGUUCUACGGCAUGCCCAUAAGUAUCCUGAGUUGGUUCUUCUACUUCAAACUCGUUUACUUCAUCAGCGGGCUCUCCAGCUCUUGAUCCGCCAUGCUAAGAGAUCGGACUCUCCUUUGUUUGGUCACCACCACACUGUGACUUACCUGCAGCAACUUGGUCCUCAGCAAAUAGAUCUGAUUUUUGAAUAUGGGGGAUGGGUGCUAAAGUCACAUCCUGAAGAUGGACUGAAAAUUUUUAUUGGUGACAAGUCCACGUCAGGUGAGGUGGAUCAAUUGCCGCGACCCAAAGUACUCAACUUUCUAAAGAAAACUGAGAAAUCUCUAGUCAUUCCAUAUCUGGAACAUGUAAUUCAAGAAUGGGGAGACACUACUCCUCUCCUGCACAAUGAGUUGAUCCACCAGUACCGUGAUAUAGUCUCUGCUCCAUAUCAGUCAAGUGAUCCAGCUAAUGUAGAGGAGGAGAAGGGAAGAAGACAACUUGUCCGUGAGAAACUUGUGAAGUUCUUGAAUGACUCUCAAUAUUACACUGCAGCAACCCUCUUGGUUCAUUUCCCCUAUGACAGUCUCCAUGAAGAGCGAGCAGUGCUGAUGGGUCGUCUGGGCCAACACCAUCAAGCCCUCUCCAUCUACACUCACACAAUGAGGGACACACAGGCAGCACUCAAUUACUGUCAGAAGCACUACACUACCUCUGGAUCUGGCAGUGAGGUGUACUUGACACUCCUAAAGUUGCUCGUCAGUCCUGUGGAUACUAGAAGUCCCUCAGAGUCUCCGAUCAAGCAGCAGCAGCAGCAGCAGCAGACAAGACAACCAGAUGUGGAAGCUGUUCUUCAGCUUCUGCAGAAUUAUCUACACUGCAUAGACCUUGGCCAGGCACUGAAGGUCCUACCAGAUGAAGUUACAUUAAAUCUUUUGAAGCCAUUUUUCCAUGCAUCAUUUAGCCUUGCCAGUACUGUCUGCAAACAGAAACAAAUAGCUCGAGGACUCACACAGUCACUUAAACUCCAGACUAGUGAAGAGCUUAGUUCAUGCCAAAGAUUGAAGAUCUUGCUGUCAGAGUAUACCUACUGUGCUGUAUGCAGUAAAAGAUUUACCAAACAUAGUGCUUUUGCUUGGUAUCCAAAUGGAGACAUAGUUCACUUUUCAUGCCAGAGUCAGAGGUAACAAUACAAAGCAGAAAAAUUGCACUGUACCAAAUAAUACUUACUACUACUGAUUAUGAGGUUUAAGAAUCUACAUGAAGGGAAAUGCUGUAUAAGCACACAUUGGUAAGUUAUAUGACAGUUUGGUACAUAGACAGUUAUUGCAGCCUUGGUUGUACCACAAUCUGAUUAAAAAAAUAUGCUACUUCAUUAGCAGUGGCUGAAAAUAGUUUUUCCACUAUGCCUAAAUACAAGAUAGAACAUCAAAAUGCCAGCUCGAUAGUGUUGUAAGAAAUCUUUGCUUUCUUUAACAUCAUGGAUUCUUCCCCUAUAUUUUAUUAACCUGUGAACUGCCAAUGAAAAUUUUUCAAGAGGAGAGAUCUGCCUUAGCUGAUCUGUGCUCCUCUGGAAAGUAGUCUUACUGGACACUCAAUCAUUGCAUCUUGUAUUUUAUUUUUUAGUGGUUAUUUGUUUAAUAAACAUUCAUUAAUUCA